AUGGAAAGUCUUUGGGCCUUCUUCGAUGGCGAUAGCCCGGUCUUGCAGUAUAUCGGAAAAUGGGGCUACAGGGCAUAUGAAGAGAGGGAGAUGGUACAAAUGUACCUUCAUCUCAUCCUCGCGGCUCUCUUUCCCAUUUACAUCGGUUCACAUGGAUCUUUACGCCGUCCUGCUUCAGCCGAAGCCCAAAAGAAGUUGGAAAAUGCUGACGAAGAGGAUGACGAGAUCCCAACAGAGUCUGUUGUUGAAGGCUUGACGCCCUCGGACGCUAUCAUGUUCCCAGUACUGGCUGGAAUCACCUUGGCAAUUCUGUAUUUCAUCAUCAAGUGGCUAAAGGAUCCCGCCCUUCUCAACAAAAUACUCACAUGGUAUUUCUCUGGUUUAGGAAUUUUUGGCGUUGGCAAGCUAGCUGGAGAUGGCCUCAACGUGCUCACGACCUUCAUCUUCCCUUCGGUUUGGUCAUCUGGCGACGAGACAUACUACAUCGACCCCGUACUCUCCCAGCAAAUAACGGUAGAAGUCAGGGAGACGGGAGUUCAAGAGCAUCGUAGGUUCUUAGAGGGGAAGACAAAUCCAUUUCCCGGGCUCCUAUCCAAUAUCAAGUUUUCGGUUCCCACCACCCGCAAGCUCUGGACCCUACGGGCCCUCCUUAAGAAUCGCUGGAUAUUCCGUGGCUAUCUUCACGGAGCAUUCUCCCUCAAACGCAAAGUGCAACUCAACGACGUCGUUGGCCUUCUCAUUGGCGUCGCAACGAUUAUUCUCUACAACACAUUUGGCAAGGCUUGGUGGCUGACGAAUCUCAUUGGCUUCGGUUUCUGUUAUGGAACUCUACAGCUGAUGACCCCCACAACCUUCUGGACAGGCUCUCUAGUCCUAGCUGGACUAUUUAUCUAUGAUAUCACAAUGGUCUUCUAUACACCUCUUAUGGUAACAGUAGCUACUUCGCUCGAUGUACCCAUCAAACUGGUCUUCCCUGGUCCCAAACGGGGCGGUAUGCUGGGACUUGGAGAUGUUGUCUUACCAGGAAUCAUGAUGGCGCUUGCGUUACGCUUUGAUCUAUACCUACACUACCUUCGUAAACAGCGCUCAUCGAACACUUCGCCACAAACCAUAAAGUCGCCCUAUAUCGAGGCUUCUAGCUUGUGGGGUGAGCGUUAUUGGACCCGAUCAUCUAAAUCAGCAACAACUACGGCAGCAGAUGGCGCCCGCUUCCCUAAAAUUUACUUCAAUGCCAGUGUCGUUGGCUACAUCAUCGGCAUGGUAGUCACGCUCAUUGUCCUCAAUGUGUACGGUCACGCCCAGCCAGCACUACUUUACCUCGUCCCAGGUGUCCUAGGGGCAUUAUGGGCCACUGCUGUGGUAAGAGGAGAACUAAAGUUGAUGUGGGAUUAUAGUGAGGCUGAAAGCAUGGAGCCUGUUGAUCCUCAAGCCGACGAUGGUAAAUCGACGCUGGCGGGAGGAACUGGGAAGGCGGCAUCGGUGGAAUCGAAGGGAAGCAACAAUGCCGCAAAGCAAAUAAGUGAACCGCAGAGCGGAGCAAAGGAGGAUGAGCACGCACAUCAUGUAGUCCUCUUUUCGCUGUCAGAGCCGAAGCAUAGAACGAAUCGAGGUUAA